AUGACACAGGCUCCUUUUGGCGAUUAUAUCCUCGAACUAGCCUCUUUAGACGUCACUACAGAACGCUACAAGCCGAUACCUCACUUCAACGUUGUAAGUAUCAGAUUUUUCAAAAGCUCGGGUCUCAUUUUUCCAAGAUUCAAGAUUCGUUUUGUUUUAGUGAACUUUUUGUUUACCACUAAAGGCAAGUAUAACCUGAUAUCUCCCUUCAGAAAGCAGUUGAAUGGGCUUUACUGUUCGGAAUGUCUUUCUUGCUUGGAAUCGGGAUGGGUGCCAACGACAUCGCCGACGCUUUCGGAACUUCUGUUGGUACCCACACCGUCACCAUCAAUCAGGCAUUCAUUCUGGCGACGCUUUUUGAGCUGGUCGGAUCCUUGAUAGCUGGUUCGUCGUAGGAAAGCACCUCGAAAAUAGCAAAAUCGCAGGUCUCAACAAUACACUGAUGGCCAGCCUCGAUAUCAUCAACUUUCCUCUUUAUUUUGACCAUCCAGACGAACUCAUCCUCGGCCAGGUGGCGUCUAUCAUCGGUGGGGAAUGUGUGAAGCUCAACAAGGACGGUAGUCAGGAUGCACGACGUGGCUGAUGGUCGCCACGGCCUACAAGAUGCCCGUCUCGACGAUCCACGCGACCGUCGGCGGCAACAUCGGCUUCUCUUUGGUCCUCAGAGGCUUCAACGGCAUUCUCUGGACGCGUGUCGCCGCCAUUUGUCCGUUUGAAACAAUAGCAUUUCCCAAUCACUAACUUCCAGCUUACAAGACUGCUGGGAACUGCUAAAAAAGGCUUUUUUCUUUCUGGUGUUCAAAGAUUGAGAGUUAGUGUAUGCUUCAAAUAAAAACCGACAAUGUCGUUUGCAUGGGUUCGAAAAAAGUUUUUUGGCUCAAAUGAUUUGUUUGGCUUCCGAUUUGCAGUAGGAGAAAAUUUUUAAGUAUAACCUUUUGAUUAUUUGGUUGAACUAACUUUUUAGAAAAAGGUUUUUUAAGACUUGAAACUAGACCGAUUAUUUGGCUAUAAGAUCAAAAGUUGAAAAAAAAAAGAUUUCAAAAGGCCGAAAGGCCCUCAUCCAGGAAUUUGAAGAAUUUGAAGCAUGUUUUUUUGAAGCCGCAAUUUUUUUGUCCUAAGACUACUCCGAUAUUGAUGACAAAUGAUAUAUAUAUAUAUAUAUAUAUUUUUUGGACUGGAUCAUGUUCAAAAAAAUGUAUUUUUUUCGAAAAAAACUGCGACUCUCUUUGCAGCGAUGGUCUGGAUCUUCUCGCCCAUAGUUUCCGGCCUUUUUUCUAUCCUCGUUUUCUAUAUCAUAGACUUCACUGUUUUGCGAAGAGUAAGUCUUUGAAUAUAUGUAUUGAAAGCCCUUCUCCUCCAGAAAAACCCGUUGAAAGCCGCCUCGAACCUUCUACCGGCCUUUUAUUUUGUUACUUUUUUCAUUGCCAUCGCGUUAGUGAUUUCUGACGGCAGCCGAAGUGAGUAAAGCACUAGUGUGGAAGAAAAAAACAGUUUGCUGAAAUUCAGUAGUGGGAUUCCAAAACAUUCCGGUGGACAUGGUCAUGCUCAUUUCCAUCGCGGCUGGUGGGACUUUUGGCUUGUUCGCUCUGUUCAUCGUCGAGCCUUUCAUGCGGCAGAGAAUAGGAAGUUUGUCUUUUCCCUGUUAUCCUGUACUUUUUCCCAGAAACGCGAUGAACUCUUGAUAGCAGAUUUUCAGACUGAAUUUUCUGAUCUCACUUGUUCCCAAUAACCAAAAGAAGCUUUUAAAGAUUUUCACUGGUUCCCUUCCUUUAUCAGGUUACAGUAGCCGAAACAUAAGAAGCCUCACUUUAUUCUCCGUGCUCGAAAUCCAAUAAAACUUAUUUUAAAUAAUAGUCAAUGACAACUUGAAACUUUGCGUUGAAAAACUUUUCCUAUUAGUACUUUUGUGGUUCUCCUGGAAAAAAAAAUUCAGAUUUUUGAGCGUUUUUCAAGGUGAUUUGAAACUGCUUUUUGUAAAUGGAAGAGCAUUUCCAGAGUUUCCACUCAGUCUGAAAAUACUCUAUUACACUAUUUUGGGAUUCAUCGGUUCUUUCAGAGAAAGUUUCUUAAAAAAAUAAUCAAAAAAUUCAUGACAUAGGAGAAAAAAAGAGCGAGCCAGCCCCUCACUUGCGCAGAAAUCGGUCGGACCACAACUUUCAAUACUUGAAAAGGGAAUGCAGGUCGAAAGGCUGUGAGUGACAGAUCUUUCUGUUUUCAUAUAUCUAUCAGAAAAGUUGGAAUUUGUCUCAGGUUUGAAGGGAUUUCUGGCCUGGUUCCGAACUUCGCAGGAGAAGGACGACGAAGACGCCGUCCGUCUUUUCGCUUUUCUUCAGGUCGCCGUCGCCUGUUUUUCUGCUUUUUCCUACGGCGCCAACGACAUCAUGUCAGUCCGAUUAUCAUCUCAUCUUGAUUAUACGGAUUUUUGAGGUUCUCCAUUUCUCCUCUGUACGAAUUGCUGCGGAUGUACAAUCAAGAAGAGCUGAACUCUGGAUACCUUGAUGUAGGCAUAAAUUACUCGACUUUGAUGUAGAAUGAUCCUGGUUUUCAUUUCCAUAAAAGUUCAAUCGCUUUCAACAAACUUGAAGCGGCGAUAUGUUUUUCGAGAGCUAGACUUCCCGGUUCAGACGACUGUGCUUCUGGGCAUGUUCGCGACGCUGGCGGUGAUCAUCGGCAUCUGGUCGAUCGGAACUCGAGUAAUCCAUACUGUAGGCCAAGGGAUCUCGGAGAUCAACCCGGCAACGUGAGACACGUAUCGCUGACUUCUUUGCCAAAUGCAGGUUUCAGAGGUUUUGCCGUCGAGUUCGGCGCCGCCUUCACGGGAAUGUUCACGAACAUUUUCAAUGCGCCACAGAGCAACACUCACAGUUUGGUCAGUGUCUUCCAAACUCUGAUAAUCAGAAAAAAAUUCUCGUUGAAAUCGUCGACACACAGUUUUAUGUUUUCCUUUUCAAGUCUGUCUUGCGUUUUCAUGUAUAUCUCAAUGAGCGUUUUUAAAAGAACCAUUUUUUUAAUUAUUUUUUUAAUUAUUUGCAAGUAGAAAGUAAAAAUAUGAAAAACACUCAGGUUCAAAAAAAACGGUCCGAAAAUAACGAGGGUAAAGUUUUUUUAACAACUAAACAAAGUUGUUAAAAAAAUUUAUAUUAAUCUUCUAAAUUCUGACUUUGAAUAAAUUUUUUAAGGUUGGCUCAUUAGUUCUGCUGGGAUUUGUCCGGUCGGGGCCUGUGAUCCACUGGAAAAUGGUCCGCAAAGUCAUGAUCUCUUGGAUUUUGACUUUCCCUUUUUCAGGUUUGAUUCAACUUUUCUCUCAUUUUCUAGAAAUAGAUUCAAAAAGAAAAUAUCCCAGUUGCUCGUUAACUAUUGAUAGAAAAAAAUUCAUCGUGAGUUCAUUUGCUCUCUUCAGUCAGAAAACCUAAUUUUUCAGGCCUAAUAUCGGCCGGAGUCAUGCUUCUGUUCCAGGCCUAUCGCGAUGCAACGUUCUCAAAAUAA